CUUCAAUCAUCUAACCUCCCAGAGAUCCGACAGGACGACCAUAUGAUAGCAUGGAUUAAUACUAAUAUCUCUGCCUAGUCCCGACUUAACGACAUGUUGAUUAUUGAGAGCGUCUCCCAAGGGCGCGUACCCCGCCCGCCGAUGGAGCCAUUCCCCUCCAGGGUCCACUAUUGACCUGUCUGCCAAGGGCCUAUAUACUGUUACAACCAUGCCAAGUGGGGGAUUCUCACAUACUACAAGCGCCCGUGUUGAUUUUAUUCGGCAAGAACAACCAGGCCUCUCCGCUAUGACUGUUGCCUAGAGACACAAAAGCCAUCUGCCGGUCCGGAUUAAAACACCAUUCCUUGAUGGAGUCGCUGUGUUCCGCGUUGUGCUCCUUCCCCUCUCCACUGCCUACAGCCAUGCGCGAAUACCGGGCUAAUGAUCAAAGGCCAUGUGUCGGGAAUCAUGAAUCCUUGUGAAAGCGCAACGCGGGGUAUACCCCUGCUGUUAACAGGCAAGGGGAUAUAAAGCCCGCCUAUUGACCUCCUCGUUCGCUUCUAUCUAUCUUGUCAAUCAACCUCUUCGCCCUUGCCUCUUCAAGCACCAUCAACUUGUCCUUACUCCUUCUUAUCUUCUCUCAUAGUCAUUUAUUCUCCUUUUAUUCACCAUGAGCUUCCACGAGAGUGCUGAGGAUAUCGAGAUCAGGGAUGGCCACAUUCUCUUCGCAAAACUCACAAACGAAGAGGGAGAGCUCCAGGACUCCGAAAUCAACCUUAAUGAUUUCCUCGGAAACAACGAUGGACACUUCGAAUGGGACGGCGGGAACUUCUCCGAGACGGCCGAAGAUGUCAGAUUCGAGAUUGAAGGGGACGACGAAGUGCCAAUUCUACGCGCAGUCUUGUUCAAUGGAGAGGGAGAGCCUGUUGAAAGCGAUGUCAACCUUUCUGAGCGGGUCUUCAAUAGAAACGGGGAGUUUGUCUUCGAGUAAUGUCUGUCUGAUGAGCUAAAUAACGAUACAUUUACAUUGGAGGUAGUUCAAUUGAAGACUAUCGACUCAUCCUCUGUGGACAGACAACCUAGUGAGAUAAUAAAGCAUGCCGUUGGGACUUGACGAUGUAGCCCCAACUUCUCCUAAAUUAC